AAUCUUAAAUAAAGAUUCAAGUUAUUUCCACGUUUCUGUAAAAUACUUCGAAUUGUUGAACAAAAAUGGAAAAUAAACUUUCGAUAUCCAUUCGGUCGGGACCGACAACUGUAACCAUGGAUUGUUUGACAAUUGGCGAACCGUGCGCGAUGGCGGCACAUUAAUUGGGUUAUGAUCGGCAUCGUGUUCCCAUCUGUCAAGCCGUCACUGAAUCUGCGUGCAAUGUGAUUUGUAAAAUCGUCGUGUGACAAGAGCAAUGAUUUUAUUCUCGCGGGUGUUCUCGACUACGUUCCUGCCAAAAUGCGUUAUCACUUGUACGGUCCAUCAAAUUUCAAGACGGAACUUUUGCAAGAAGCAUCCCCGACGAUCCUUACCACCCACGAUACUGUCCGAGGUGUUUGGCGGCGUCAAGACAAAGAAAAUCGUGUCCGCCGACUUCGGCAAGGACGCUAGCGCUGGAUCCGAUCUAGAGAGAGCGGUCAGUUUCGAAACGCUAUGCUUGAAGGAGGAACUUCUGUGCAAAGUGACAGACCCGGUGAGGGACUGUUGCCACAAGGUGACGAUCGUAGGUGCCGGAAUGGUCGGCGUGGCGAUUGCGAACUCGAUUCUAUUCCAGAGGAUCACUUCGCACAUCGCGAUCGUGGAUGCUUUCCCGAAGAAGCUGGAAGGGGAGGGAAUGGAUUUUUGCCAUGGCUCGGUUUACCUGGACGAUCCGCGGGUCGAUUACGAUACAGACUUCUGCAUCACGAGCAACUCGAAAGUGAUCGUCAUAGCCGCGGGGGUGCGUCAAACGAAGGGCGAGACCCGGCUGGACUUGGUGCAGCGUAACUCGGAGAUCCUGAAGAACAUCGUUCCAACGUUGGUCAGCUACAGUCCCGAUGCCGUGAUCCUUCUGGUCGCGAAUCCAGUUGACAUUAUGUCGUGGGUAACGUGGAAAGUGAGCGGGUUACCGGUCAAUCGAGUUAUCGGAAGUGGAACUCAUCUCGAUUCAGCGAGGUUUCGCUACCUGAUCGCCGAUCGGAUCGGAAUCGCGCCGAGCUCGGUGCACGCGUACAUCAUCGGCGAGCAUGGCGACAGUCAGGUUCCACUCUGGUCCGGAGUGAACGUCGCGGGAGUCCAGUUUCGCGAUAUCCUGCCGAAUAUCGGCCUCGAGACCGACGACGAGAGGUGGUUCGAGGUCCACAAAGAAGUCGUCAAGCUAGGCCCGACAGUGCGGUGCUUGAAGGGAUACUCGAACACAGCAGUCGGCCUGUCGGUCGCAGACAUCGUCAAGGCUAUUCUGACCAACUCGCAGAGGGUUUUAACUGUUUCGACCUUGAUUCAGGGUCAUCACGAGGUUUGCCAAGAGAUGUUCUUAUCGUUGCCGUGCACCAUUGGCGAGAACGGCGUCACGAAUAUCGUCCGCAUGCGGAUCACGGAGGGCGAGAGGAAGUUGUUCCAGGCGUCCGCGACCACCGUGUACGACGUGCAGAAGGACAUUAAGAUCGGUUAAGACGUCGCGUUAGCGGUCGUUGCCGAAAACUGUACCCGUUCGUUCCGUUGCGAGUUCCGUGUUGUCCUUGUAAAAGUUGUCUUUAAAUAUAUCGUGACGAGAGGGAUG